CGAAUAUGGAAAGAGUUCUGCGGAUACACCCAUUACACUCAAUACCUUGUAAACUAUAUCUUCUCUGUUGCGCAGACGAAUGACCUUUUAAGACAUGAAAACGCAUUUUAAAGUGAAGUCGCUAUUAUUUUGUGUAUCUUAGUUCCUCACGUAGCUGACAUACGUGAAAGUUAGGCUCUUUGAAACAAUUCAAUAUCCUAACAAGCGGCGCAAAAUGGGUUCUUUUCACAAGAUUCACGUGGUUUGUUUAUUGAGUUUUAUUUUGAAAGCUUGGCAUGCCGAAUGCGACACUCAGCAAUUGUCUUGUUCAGUAGAACAGCUUGGAGCGAACGCCCAAUGGAAUCCGCAAGUUCCUGACAAAGGGAAGGAGCCGCAAGUUUGUGUUAGUCACACGAAAAAAACGUGCUGUACAAGACAAACGGAAGCAUCUCUUCGCAUUAAAGCUGCGAAGAAUAUCAAGACUCAAUUGCAAACUAAAUAUAUGGCUGCAAAGAAAACCAUGUUAUCGCUUUUUGACGAUUUGAAAGGGCAUUUUCAUAGUCUCAUGGAAGAAAGUAACAGACAGAGUAUUACCUUUUUACUGGGUAAACAACCAAAUCUUACUGCAGAUGAAGUCAUUGCAGUAUCUAAGUUAUUCAAAGACCUUGAAAACUAUUUGGCUGAGGAUAAACAAGAACUAGAAGACAUUGUGAAUGCAUUCUUUCGCAGUUCUUUUCCAAUGCUGUUAAGAUAUUUCAAUCCAGAAGGAAAGACUCUCUCAGCAAAGUAUAAAAGUUGUUUAAAAGAUAACAUGGAUAUAAUUAAACCAUUCGGUACUCGCCAAGCAGAGUUACUUGGUAAGUUUGAGGAGGUUUUUGAGCCGGUGGGAAGCCUCUUCAAAGGCCUGAAAUUUGGAGUAGAGGUAUUAAGCUUGGCACAACAGUUCAACUUCACAGAUGGAUGCAAAAAUGGUCUUUUGGAGAUGAAAUUUUGUUCAUUAUGCCAGGGUCUUACCCAAGUGAAGCCAUGUUAUGAGUUUUGUAUGGAUACAACAAGAAAAUGUCUGCUCUCUGAAGCUCAACUUCAAAGAAAGUGGGGCCAGUUAAUAGACACUGUUCUCUCACUGGCUAAAAACAUUGGAAACUCAAAUUUGGAGAACUUUUUAAACUCUGUUCAUACAGACUUAUGGCAUGCUGCCACCUUUAUGUUACUACAGAAGGCUAAUUUAAUGCCGCAGGUUUUGAAGGAGUGUGGCGAACCUUCCUACAGUGAUGCAAAGACUUCUCCUUAUAAAGAAUCUGUUUCACCAACUCCUCAUGUCAAAGAGCGACUCUUUGCUAAAAUGGAUGCUGUUCAUAGGCAGCUGAAUGCUCUCAGCUCAUUCUUCCACGAUUUAGCUCAAGAGUUUUGUGUAGUUGAUGGUCUUGCUUCACAAAAGGAAAACAUUGACAACUGUUGGAAUGGAACAUUUGUAGCAAGGUAUGAGCCAAAGCAAGGUGAUUCAUCUUUGUCACUAGAGAGUAAAAACCACUUGACAUUUCUUGAGAGGAAGAUUCAUGGCCAGGUUAAAAUGAUGGAAAAGUAUACUAUCACAAGAGAUGAUGAUGAUGAUGAUGAACUUGAUGGAAGUGGUAGUGGCAGUGGAAGUGGUGACAAAAAUAGAAACAAAAUCAGUGAAAGUGGCUGUGGUGAAGAUGAUGAGGACUGUGGUAGCACAUCAAGCGGAGAAAACAAUAACAUCGUUGAUUUUGAAAGGGAAAAUGACUUUGAUUUCAUUACGACACCUUCGUCAAUCAAAAGCUCUGGCAAUGAAGUCCUAGGUGGGGGUUUUGACCCUACAUCAACUCGCAAGUCUGGUGAUGUGCUAGCUCAGGGUAAUUCAUCGUCAUCUCUUGCUGUCACAUGGCUACAGUUUUUUACUCUACUUCUGUUGGUAUGGCUCACGAGAGGAUAGAAACAUCUCAGCAGUCACUCUGACCUCAAAUGGAAUUGAAACAACAAGAAAUUGGUCCUCCACCAGAGUUUUCUCUCAAAGACAAUAGAUAGAAGUGUAAGGCUUAGUUCAAAGUCUUUCCAAAUUGUUGUAUAAAACAAAGUGUAACUAACCUUUCCAGAGCCUCUGUUGUUGGCAAAGAGAGAGAGAUCAAAAGAAAAUAUUGUCUGUGGACUUCUAUGGGUCAUUUUUUUAGAUUGCACACUAAUAUGAUGAUUUGUUCAUGUUCAGUAUUCAUUCAAAAGUCAUUCAUGGAGAGAUGGUGAAUUGUGUGGCUUAGAAGUUUGCAGACACUUGUUUUUCUCUUUCCUUGCCCCUUGUGUUCAUGUUUUUUACUUUCCAUGAGGCUCUUUUCUCACCAGACAACAAUUUUAAGGGAAAGAAAGGUCGAUGAUAAAGGCCCUCGUGUAAUAGCUAGUAGAUUGAUUUUUUUUCUUUUAAAUCUGAACUUGUUAUUAGCUUGUACAUGGUAACUUGGAAGAUUACAAUAUGCUGCUGCUUUUAGAAGAAAAUGCAAUUGCUUGAGUAUCACAGAAGCCAAUUGAAAACAAUAUAAUUGUAACAGCUGAUCAGAACAAAGAUCCUGGUAAUACCAGAAGUUUUGAAAUGUUGGAUUAAGUUUGGGUUUAUUUGCAUCUGAUUAGCCAAAGGGUUGAGGAGGUGGUGGAACCAAACAUUUGAGAGUCAGUGCAUCCCAAGAUUACUUUUGACGCUCUCAAUUAAAUUCAGAAAGGACUGACUUUGAAAGAAUAAUUGUUAGAUUGCACAUGGAGAAAAGUUAUUUGAUUUCAAGUUCUAGUCAGCUGACCUAUUAUGAGCUAGUUACACCUAGGGCAAGUAGUGAUUGUCUUUUGGUUUGGGAAAAGAAUAGCUUGAAACUAAGGGGGAGGCACUUUGUUUGAGGGAAGGACAGAGAAAUGGAGACCUGCCAUCAUGCGAGACUAUAGUUCCUAAGUCCAUCACAGAAUAUGACUAAAGUUAAGCAUUGACUUGUAUACUACUGUAACAAAGUUAUAAGGCAGUUUAUUUAUUUUUCCAAUUGAGACUUUCCAUGGAAAAUUUGCAAAAAAAACUUAGUGGAAAUUUAGUGGAAACAGCUGCUAGAAUUAAUAAAAUCACAGUAGUAAUGAUUCUUUAAUAAUGAUAAUUUAUUAAAAGGUAUUAUUAUAAUUAAUAGUGAUCAGUUCAAGUUGCUUAGCUCAUAGCAAAGUUUUCUCUGAGUCUUAGAGAAUUUUGUUAUCAUUAAGGUUUAUUUUCUAUUUCAGUAGAGAUGUAUGAUAGAUGAUGUAGUCUGUGGCAAUUAAGUAGGUAAGAUAAGAGAGUGCAGUUUUCAUAGCCUUUUUGAAAGUGUGAAACCAUCAUGCAGUUGAAUUAACCUUGUAGAUAUGUAAAGUUAAAGGCCUGAUCAUAUUGCUCAAGCCUGAAUUACCCAGCUUACUUGGCUCUAUUUUUUGUUAAGACUACAAGUUACAAGCUGAAAAAGUACUUGUUAGUAUAUAUUUCAGUCUAAAAUGUUAAGUUAAAUUGUGAUGUAAGGAUUCAGGCUAUUGAAUGAAAGCUUCUCAUUUAGCCAUAUCAGUUUUUUGACUGAAAAAUUCCCAGUCUUACUUUAAAUUGCUUCAAAUUCGCUCCUUCACCAGCUAAUUAUUAGCAAAGUAUUUACACAGUUUCAUGAUUAAGUACAAUUAGUAUUAGAAACUAUACUUUUUAAUACAUACAUUGAUAAAUUUACAGCCAAUGUGUUUGCAAGCUCAAAGCGUAAUUUUUAUUAAGAAAAAAAGGCAUUUGACAUGGCACCAAAUUCUUCUUAAGGUGUACAUAUGAUAAAGUAGAAUCAUUGAUUAUAGUUAUGAAUGAUUAUUAAUAAAAGUAAUUAUGCCAGAAA